AUGUUCAAAUCCUUCCCCAAGCUUCCCUCCCUGCCGCAGGCCAUCGGCCUCCCCUUCCUCUCCACCCAGGAGGACGCACAGCUCAAGUUCAAGUCCAGCCCGAACGGUAUCAAGCGUCUCUAUGGCGAGAUCCCUAUCCCGCUCUCCGACGUGACGUAUUGGUCACAGUACUAUACGCUGUUCAAUAGCUCGGCGGAUGUGUAUUCUUUGAUAUCUGUACAGGAUGUUCGCCAAGCCCUUACUGCCAACCCGCACAACCUCGCCAACCUGCUCCUCACCCUCUCUCAUCACCUAUUCACCCUCAUACCGGACCCUUCCUUCCCCCGUCCCCCGCAAGGCUACCAAACGACGCAACAAGAUCUCGCCAAAGAAGCGCUAAACUGUCUGAGAGUGCUGGGCCGGAUCUUGGUGGUGGUGUACGAGGCGGAGGCUGAUGCACGUGAUAUCAGAGGGAGAGGGGUGGACUUGGGAGAGACGUUUGCGGAGAAGUGGCUGUAUAGCCGGCAGAAGAUGGAAAAGACGCAGGAGGAGACGGGUGAGGAACAAGCGGAGCAGUUCAAGCUUGAAGACUCGGAUGAUGAGGGAGAGGACGAAGCGGACGUUGGGGAUUUGGAUGAAGGUGCGCGGGCUUUCCAAGCGACUGUUGGGAACCCGCCCAAGGCUGAGGAAGAGCCGGGAGCGAAAGAUGAGGCGAUUGACGAUCCUUUGACCAAGGCUGCAGAGCAGGAAGAGGUUGAGGAAGAUGUCGAGUACUUGCCUUCUCUCAUAGACAGGCUGUUUAGCUGUGUUAUCGACCUUCUCUUUUGUGCUGGGUUCACUCUGCCCCCCAACGUUGUGGGAGACGACCACACUGACAAGAUCAACUAUGUGAUCUGGGAGAAGGGUGUAGGAAGCACAAGCGAGAUUGGGAGCACCGCAGAGCUCGACAGAAACAAGACCGAAGUCCUUCACUUCCUCCUCGUCCUUCUCUCGACGACCAUCUACACCUCCCCCAACUCGCUCUCCACCACCCCCAACAUUCCCCUCCAAACCCUGACCCACUCUCUCGAACGCCGACUCGUCCUCUCCUUGCUCUGUUCAUUCCUCAACACAUCCCUCACGCCGUCAAAAUCAAAUGCGUUGGGUCUUGGAGUGCCGAAUUAUCUGAUGGGCAAUGCGGCGGAGGAGAGGAGGACGUUGGUGAGGGCUAGUUUGGCGGUGUUGCUGGUAGCGCUGGAUUACAAGGUGGAAGGGGAGAGGAAUGCGAUGGGAGAGGCAAAGGAGGAAAAUGCUUUCAAGUAUUUCGUGUCCAAGCUCCAUCGCAAAGAAGACUUUGCAUUCAUCCUCGAAGGCAUCCUCCGCACUCUUUCAGAACACAACGCCAUCACCACCACCUACCUCCCCAACGCCAAGCAGCCCAUACCCUACAUUCUCGAAACAUACAUGCUCCUCUGGCGCCUUAUCGACCUCAACAAACGUUUCCGACAGCACCUGCUCGACUCUGGCAAAUCUCUCCAUAUCGUGUGCUUUAUCCUCCUCGCGUGUUUGGAACACAAAGACGACCCAGCACAUCAAGGUCUGCUCAGACUAUUGAGCUACCUCCUUCAAACGCUUUCGUCCGAACCGGCGUUUGCCAAAUCCCUCAACCAAACUAUCCCUCCCUCCAUCCCCAUCCCAAGUAAAUGGUCCGUCCACGGCACCGCUGCCGAUUUCCUCAUCCUCUCCAUCUACUCUAUCGCCACGACGCCGGGGUUGAACCAGCUGUUCCCAGCGUUGACGAUUAGCGUGGCGAAUGUGGCGCCGUUCGUAGAGGGGUUGGGCGUACAAGCUGCAGGGAGGUUGAUGGGGUUGUUUAAAGCGUUUUCGGCGCCAAAUUUCUUGUUGGCUGAUGAAGGGCAUCCGAGACUCGUCUACUAUCUGCUGGAAACGUUCAAUUCGGUCUUGUACCACAAGCUCACGGAGAAUCCGAAUUUGGUGUAUGCUAUUUUGAGGUCGCAUCAGGAUUUCCAGACGUUGGCGACUUUUACGUUGAUGUCGGGGUUGAGAGAUAUCCAGAGGCGAAAAGCUUUGCGGGCUGCUGGUACGUCUUUCCCGACCCUCUUCUCCUUGAUACCUCUGACGCGUGAUAUAGCCGCUGAGAAAGCCGCCAAAAAAGCGCCAGCCAAUACCACCCUCUUCUCAGCCGACGACGUUGACGCUCAAAACCAAGCUGAAAAGUCCGCCCUGCUCGGGGAUAACGGGAACGGACAAGAACUAGACGAAGAUGACGCGCAGGCUUCGUUGUCUGCUUUGAACCGCUCGUUGCCUGGGGUGGAUGGUGAUGGGCAGGGGGCAGGAGGGGAGGCUGUUUCGGAUUCGCUCCAAGGACCUUAUGUCAACAACCCUCCUCCACCGACGAGUCAGGCCAUGUCCGAAAAAGCCCGCGGCAAGAUGCGUGCGACAGAGUCUACGAGCUCGUUGACGACUAUCCACGGUACCGCCGCCGCCGGGGAAGGUAAUACGGCAGGAGAGGGCGGGGAGGGGGUGGUGGAUGAGGCGGAUGAAGAAUUGUUGAAGGUUGCGUUGGCGGGGGUGGGGCCGAAUGGGUAUGUGCCUACGCAAGAGUGGGUUACGAGCUGGCAGAAAGGAUUGCCUCUCGAUCCCGUACUCGUCGCGAUAUCAGAACUGCUUCCCAAGAUCCAAGAGACCCAGCAGCCGAUGGUGGGAUCACCGAGCGGAAAGGUGUUUGGGAUCUUGAAAGGCGUGGAGCUUGGGGAUGUGUUGCCGCCUGCACCUCCUAUCUGGUCCCCCGCCUCAGCAAUCUGGCUCACCUCCCUCCUCUGGGGCGACAUCUACGUCGCAGGCUUGACGUCUUCCGGGAUAUGGCGGGAUACGCAGGUGAGGCUGUUUGGGAUCAAGCAGGCGCCUGUGGGGAAGGGAAGGGGGGCGCAGGUGGAGAGGGUUUUGAAGAUGAUUGGGGUUGUGUAG